GAUGGCGGACGCGGGGUUGUGUGUCAGGAGCAGUCGAGAGUUAUGGACCAUCUUGUUGGGAAGAUCUGCAUUGAGGGAACCGGUCCAGAUUGAGGCUGAACUUGACAGAAACUAUGAGAGACUAUUGCAGGGCCUCUCCUACUACAAACCACCCAGUGUGGCUUCUGCAGAUGCACUAAAGGCAGAUAAGAAAGUGGUUCAGACUCUGAAAGACUUUGGCCUGAGGAUAAGUAAACUACUGGGUCUGGAUGAGCAGCAGAGUGUUCAGAUCUUACAGUGUUACCUCCAGGAGGAUUACAGAGGAACACGCAACACACUUAAGUCUGUAUUGCAGGAUGAGAGACAGAGUCAAGCCCUUCUGCUAAAGAUCGUGGAGUAUUACUAUGAGGAAAGGGUGUGUCUUCUGCGCUGUGUCCUCCUCUUGCUCACCUACUUUCAGGAUGAGAGGCAUCCCUAUCGGGCUGAGUUUUCUAACUGUGUGACAAAACUGGAGAAGGAUUUGGUGUCUAACUAUCAGCAACAAUUUGAAGCUCUGUUUAAAGCUGAAGCUCCCACAUGGGAAACACAUGGCAACCUUAUGACAGAGAGGCAGGUUUGUCGGUGGUUGGUACAGUGUUUGAGAGAACAGGCUCUGCUGCUGGAGGUUCUCUUUCUAUACUACGCCUACUUUGAGAUGCCGCCCUCUGACCUUCUGACCUUUACACGCCUGUUUAAAGAACAAGGCUUCGGCCAGCGGCAAACCAACAGACACCUGAUCGACAAGAGCAUGGACACGCUGGUUGACCGCAUCGGGUACUUUAGUUCUCUCAUCCUGGUUGAAGGGAUGGACAUUGAUUUCCUGCAUAAAUGUGCGUUAGAGGAUCACCCAGAGCAACACCAGUUCUACAACACACAAGACAUAAGCAAGGAGAUGGACCAGUUGUUGUUGACAUUUGGUGACAUCUCUCAUCACGGACCAGUUCUGUUGGGCUGGGUUCUGAUCCGUCACACACUCAGUCCAGAUGAGGCUGGUUCUGUGGUCCGCAGAAUUGGUCACACGACGCUUCAGCUUCAAGUCUUCCAGUACCUCACACAGAUGCUUCAGGGUCUGGGCAGUUCCAGCAACAAUUGCACGGCUAGUACAGCACGGAUGUGUAUCUAUGGACUCCUCUCUUUUGUCAUCACCUCUUUUGAAGAGGAUACAUUGGGCAGUCAGCAGCACCUGAUCAAUGCCGCCUGUGAGGUCCUCACGGCCCCCAGCCUGGCCGAACUCUUCUGGGAGUCGAAGCCAAACAUGGGCUUGGGGAUGAUUCUGGACAGUGCUAUGGGUGUGUUCCCACACAGAAUAGGCCCUCUACUCCAGCUACUGACAGCUCUGCUCUCAGACAAGUCUACUGCUAAGAGGGUGUACAUGUUCUUGGAUAAGAUGUCUUUUUACACUGAGGUCUACAAACACAAACCCAAUGACAUUCUAUCCCGAGAUGACGAAACCUUAUGGAGGAGACAGGCACCCAAACUCCUUUACCCUCUUGGUGCUGGUCAGACUAACUUGCGGAUGCCUCAGGGUUGUCUGGGCCAGGUGUGUAUGGGUGAACAGGGUUACGUGGUGCGAUGGGAUUACUCCUACAGCUCCUGGACACUUUUCACCUGUGAAAUAGAGAUGCUCCUGCACGUGGUCUCCACUGCAGACGUACUGGUUCACUGUGAGAGGGUAAAGCCCAUAUUAGACCUGCUCCAUAAGAUCAUUAGCACUGACUGGACUGUCUCUGACUGCCUGUUACCACUGACCUCACGCAUCUACAUGCUGCUGCAGAGGUUGACGUCUGUGAUUAACCCUCCAGUGGACGUGAUUGCUUCCUGUGUCAACUGCCUCAUCGUUCUUGCCGCACGGCAACCUGGGAAGGUUUGGUCCAGUUUACACCACACUGGCUUCCUUCCCUUCGCCUCAACUCCUCCAACCAACAUGGCCCAGUGUAUCAGUGCUGAGGGGAUGAAAGCAGGUAACUAUGGUAACCUGUUAGUGUUGAUCGAGCAGCCACGGGGAGAAUACCCUGUCACCAUUGCAUUCUUACGACUGGUCACCACACUUGUUAAGGGUCAGCUGGGCAGUACUCAGAGCAGAGGACUAAUUCCCUGCGUGUUGCUGGUACUCAAAGAGAUGCUGCCAACGUACCACAAAUGGCGCUACAACACUCAUGGAGUGCGUGAGAGGAUUGGGUGUUUGAUCCUGGAGCUGGUUCAUGCUAUUCUUAAUCUGAGUCCAGAGGGGGAGUCCCAGGGCAGUGCCCCCAGCUUGCAGUCUCUGUGUAUCUACAGUCUGGCCAACACUGAGGCCGGCCAGGCCGUCGUCAACAUCAUGGGCGUCGGAGUGGACACCAUAGACAUGGUCCUAGCAGCGCAGCCUAGCAGUGGUGGAUGUGAUGGGCCAGGCCAGGUUCUCAUACAGACAGUGAAAUUGGCCUUUUCUGUCACCAACAAUGUCAUCCGACUCAAACCUCAGUCUGACACCGUGUCCCCUCUGGAACAGGCACUAACCCAGCAUGGUGGUCAUGGCAACAACCUGAUAGCGGUGCUGGCGAAAUACAUUUAUCACAAGCACGAUCCAGCUCUGCCCCGCCUUGCCAUCCAACUGCUCAAGAGACUGGCCUCGGUGGCUCCUAUGUCUGUGUAUGCGUGUUUGGGCAGCGAUGCAGCGGCCAUCAGGGAUGCAUUCCUGACUCGCGUGCAGAGUAAGACAGAGGACAUGCGCAUCAAAGUCACCAUCCUCGAGUUCCUCACGGUAGCCGUGGAGACACAGCCCGGCCUCAUCGAACUGUUCCUUAACCUAGAGGUCAAAGACUCCACCGAAGGUUCAAAGGAGUUUUCGUUGGGGGAGUGGAGCUGUCUUGCUGUAGUGCUGGAGCUGUUGGACUGUGAUCAGCAGAAAUACUGGUGUCCUCCGUUACUGCAGCGAGCAGCCCUGGCCUUCCUCCACGCCCUGUGGCAGGACAGACGGGACAGUGCUUUAUCUGUACUCAGGACACAAGAGAAGUUCUGGGAGAAUUUGACCAGGCCUCUCUUUGGAACCCUUCCCUCCCCCUCAGAGACCACAGAGCCUUGUGUGUUAGAGUCCUGUGCCUUUGUGAUGAAAAUAAUUGGCCUUGAGAUUUACUAUGUAGUCAGUGAGUCGCUGGAAGCCUCUCUGAAGUCAGCGUUGCAGCGUUUCUCCAGUAGUCGGCGUUAUGAGUACUGGUCCCAGUAUGUGAAGGACCUGGUGUGUGCGGCCUGUGACGGGGAGGAUGAAGGUGUGCGCUGGCUCUCUGAGUCACAGAUGCUCAUCUCCGCAUGGAGGACCCUUCUCAUCCUCUCUGCCAGUCAUUCUGAAGUGAUGCAACUAAAGGAGGACUCUGUCAGACUGAAGCUUUUCAUGGAUGUGCUGGAAGGGACCAAAGCUGCACUGCUGAUGCCUCAGUCUAUUCCAUGUCUGCGUCUGGGAUCCAUGAUGACCACCCUGCUACUCAUCCUGCUCAAACAGUGGAAGAGUGUGCUGGUGUCGGCGCCCGCUCUCCUGCCCCCUCUCUCUCUGAUGCUGGAGAGUGUAUUACAGGCUGACCAGCAGCUCAUGGAGAGAACCAAAGCCAAACUCUUCUCCACACUCAUAUCAGCACUGCAGAUACAGGGCCUCAACGGUGGGGAGAUUUCCCAGCUGCCCCAGCUGCUGCUGUGUGUGUGCGAGACAGUUCAGGAUGAAGCCCUGGCAUUGAUUGACAGCACACGGCACAUGACGCAGAAGGCUGAACCCCAAGAAGACAGCAUGGAGACCGACGCUCCCCGCAACCUGCAGAAAGAUCAGAGAGAUGGGGUGUGUGUUCUGGCUCUGCAUCUCUCUAAGGAGUUGUGUCGGGCAGAUGAGGAUGGGGAACAGUGGUUACAGGUCAUGCGGAAAAUUCCGGUUCUGCCGUCGGUUCUGAGUGCUUUAGAACUGAGCCUGCGCUCCAAACAGAACCUCUACUUCACAGAGGCAGCUCUGCAUCUGCUGCUCACCCUCGCUAGAACUCCACAGGGGGCGGCGGCUGUAGCGGGAGCUGGUGUCAUUCAGAGUAUCUGCCUGCCUCUGCUCAGUGUCUAUGAGGGCCCAGCCAAUGGGACAGCACAGGCAUUUUCUCGUAAGCCUCAGGAUUCUCCGUGUUGGCCUGGUGUGUAUCGUUUGUGUUUGUCUCUUAUGGAGAGUUUACUGAAAACAUUGCGCUACAGCUUCAUCAAUGAGGCCCUGGACUUCAUAGGAGUACAUCAGGAGCGCAUCUUACAGUGUCUGAAUGCAGUGCGUACAGUUCAGUCGCUGGCCUGUUUAGAUGAAGCUGAUCAUACAGUGGGAUUCCUGCUGCAGCUCUCCAGCUUCUGUAAAGAGUGGCAGUUCCACCUGCCAAAACUGCUCAGAGACGUACAGGUGAAUCUAUGUUACUUGUGUCAGACGUGCGCAUAUCUUCUCCACAGCAAGAAAAUGUUACAUCACUACCUCCAGGCCAAAAAUGGAGAACCUCUGCCGACAGGACCUCUUCCGUUAACGCGGCCCCAGCAGGUUCCACAGGCCGCUUCCAAAGAGACGUCAGUGGGCGGAGACCGGGAGGAGGCUGAAGCGAAAGCCCUGCAGGCGGUGCAGUGCAGCCUGCUAAAGAUCCUCAGCAAAACACUGGCCACUCUACAGCACUUCACCCCAGACUGCUGCCAAAUACUGCUGGACCAGUCCAUGGACCUGGCAGAGUAUAGGACCCUGUUUGUGUUGAGUUUCAACACUCCGGCCUUUGACUCUGACGUCGCUCCUUCAUUUGGAACUCUGUUGGCCACAAUCAACGUUGCGCUGAGCAUGCUGGGAGAGAUUGAGAAGAAAAAAGAGCCAGUUGUCUCAUCAGAGGAAACACAAGCACUAAAGUCUCUGUUGAUGUUUUCUAUGGAGAACUGUUUCUACGUGCUGAUUUCUCAAGCCAUUCGCUGUCUGAAGGACCCCGCCGUUUUACCGCGGGAUAAACAGAGACUCAAACAGGAGCUCAGCUCUGAACUGAGCACGCUGCUGUCAACACUGUUUCGCUUUUUCCGCCGUGGAUCACCGUCAUCCCCUGCCACUCAGACCAAACCUCCGACACCAGGGUCAAAGGUCACCCAGGAGGUACAGGAAUCGUUCAUUCAGCUGGUCCAGGCCUUUGUACGUCACGUUCAGCGCUAA